UGUUUUAAGGACGUGCUAAAUGCUUUGUCCUGGAGAGCUAUCUUAAGGGACAAAAUCGUUUUCCCAGCGUCAUCUGUGACACAUCCUGACAGUAGAGAGCUGCUUCCAAGAAGCAAUUUGAAGUGCCAUUAUCAGGCAGGGACGGGGGCUCUAGGGGAUUUCGGGGUCAGCAGAUAUGAAAUGAAUGAUUUCACAGAGCUGUCACAGAGCUGCGGUGGGAAUUUCCCAUGAGACCCCGCCCCCGGCUGAGUCACCGCACUCCUGUGUUUGACCUGAAGUCCUCUCGAGCUGCAGAAGCCUGAAGACCAAGGAGUGGAAAGUUCUCCGGCAGCCCUGAGAUCUCAAGAGUGACAUUUGUGAGACCAGCUAAUUUGAUUAAAAUUCUCUUGGAAUCAGCUUUGCUAGUAUCAUACCUGUGCCAGAUUUCAUCAUGGGAAACAGCUAUUACAACAUAGUAGCCACUCUGUUGCUGGUCCUCAACUUUGAGAGGACAAGGUCAUUGCAGGAUCCGUGUAGUAACUGCCCAGCUGGUACAUUCUGUGAUAAUAACAGGAAUCAGAUUUGCAGUCCCUGUCCUCCAAAUAGUUUCUCCAGUGCAGGUGGACAAAGGACCUGUGACAUAUGCAGGCAGUGUAAAGGUGUUUUCAGGACCAGGAAGGAGUGUUCCUCCACCAGCAACGCAGAGUGUGACUGCACUCCAGGAUUUCACUGCCUGGGGGCAGGAUGCAGCAUGUGUGAACAGGAUUGUAAACAAGGUCAAGAACUGACAAAAAAAGGUUGUAAAGACUGUUGCUUUGGGACAUUUAACGAUCAGAAACGUGGCGUCUGUCGACCCUGGACAAACUGUUCUUUGGAUGGAAAGUCUGUGCUUGUGAAUGGGACGAAGGAGAGGGACGUGGUCUGUGGACCAUCUCCAGCCGACCUCUCUCCAGGAGCAUCCUCUGCGACCCCGCCUGCCCCUGCAAGAGAGCCAGGACACUCUCCGCAGAUCAUCUCCUUCUUUCUUGUGCUUACGUCGACUGCGUUGCUCUUCCUGCUGUUCUUCCUCAUGCUCCGUUUCUCCGUUGUUAAACGGGGCAGAAAGAAACUCCUGUAUAUAUUCAAACAACCAUUUAUGAGACCAGUACAAACUACUCAAGAGGAAGAUGGCUGUAGCUGCCGAUUUCCAGAAGAAGAAGAAGGAGGAUGUGAACUGUGAAAUGGAAGUCAAUAGGGCUGUUGGGACUUUCUUGAAAAGAAGCAAGGAAAUAUGAGUCAUCCGCUAUCACAGCUUUCACAAUCAAGAACACCAUCCUACAUAAUACCCAGGAUUCCCCCAACAAACGUUCUUUUCUAAAUGCCAAUGAGUUGGCCUUUAAAAAUGCACCACUUUUUUUUUUUUUUUUUGACAGGGUCUCACUCUGUCACCCAGGCUGGAGUGCAGUGGCACCACCACAGCUCUCUGCAGCCUUGACCUCUGGGAGCUCAAGUGAUCCUCCCACCUCAGUCUCCUGAGUAGCUGGAACUACAAGGAAGAGCCACCACACCUGACUAACUUUUUUGUUUUUUGUUUGGUAAAGAUGGCAUUUCACCAUGUUGUACAGGCUGGUCUCAAACUCCUAGGUUCACUUUGGCCUCCCAAAGUGCUGGGAUUACAGACAUGAACUGCCAGGCCCGGCCAAAAUAAUGCACCACUUUUAACAGAACAGACAGAUGAGGACAGAGCUGGUGAUAAAAAAAAAAAAAAAAAAAAAAAAAGGCAUUUUCUA